AUCACGGAGCCUGAACUCACGGCUGGUGGAUACUAGCAAGCUUCGGACUUAGCCCUUACCAUCUAAGGCAGGUAGCAACAGAGUAAGUCGCAAGGCGCAUGCCCAUUCGCCUGUCAUCAACACCCCGACGUGUCAGUGUAAUUGUGCCAAGGCUUUGCGGCGGAGCUCUGUUACGAUGCUAUGACAAUAGCACGUCAUUGUCGUCAACUCGGGGCAGCGCACGAAAGCCGCAUUGAGGCUUUCAGCGAGCGUUGGGCGAGCGAAAGCCGCGUUUACUUUAGGCACUGAGAAACAAACACUGUGCGUCAUGAUGCUUUGGUGGCCAGGUACUUGAGUGCUGAAACAUCGCUUGCCGCCUGCCAAUAUCGGUCUGGCCUCCCCGCCGCCCAGGAACAUCCCGCCACGACCUCGCACCAACUUUAUCAAGGCAGCAACAUCAAGCACCGCGACCCAAACUUGGAAUCUUCUCCCAACACCAACCCAUGGCCGACUCUCAAAGAUACUUCAACGUCCGCAAUACGCUUAUCGCCGCCGUUACCCUCACCCUAUUCGGAGGCUAUUACAUUUCCCAAUCUCCCAGCCCCAGCACAUACACCAUGUCGCAAACCUCCAGCGAGAUUCCCGGCCUGUCCCUCUCCUUGGCUCAGAUCGCGAAGGACCCGCCAACCCUCCGCGUCACGCUGAAGAACGACAGCCCGGACACACCCUACACACUUCUAACGUGGGGCACGCCGCUCGACUCCGCGGCGCUGAGCACAGGCGUAUUCAAGAUCAUCGAUGCGCAGGGGGCUGCGGUUGAGCAGACUAUCUUGCAGAUACGGAGGAGGAUGCCACCGGGGCAGUCGCAGCUUGCGUGCGUGCAGCCGGGCGAGGAAGAAAGUAUCGAGGUUGUAUUUGACAAGCCGUGGAUGCCGGAGACGAAGCCGGCAAAAUACAAAGUCAAGGCUGAGGGCUUGCUCAAAGGCGUUUGGGAUAAGUCGAAGGGCGAGGUCUCGGACGAGGAUACGAAUCGAUACGUCGAGAGCCCGCUGGCAGGCAAGACCUUUAUUACGAACGAAGUCGAACUUGUGGUGGAGUAGCACUUUGUCCAAUAGGUAAGGCCUCGUCAGCAAUAGGAAUAUAUACUUCUCAAAUCACUUUGAUGUCACAUACGACCAUAGGACGUUGAAA